UUUGUACUCAGGAUAUUGUUGUUGUGCAGUGACCUUUUUUGGGGGUUGUCAUUUGUGCUAUCCUGCCUUUAGGUUACUUUUGCAUUUGACCUCCAUUUUAGUUAUGGUCUUCAUUUGCUUAACUGCUUCAGUGUCAUUUAUUUUUUUCAGUGCAUUUAUUUCUCUGUGUGGGUUGCAUAGGUGUGUUGGCUUCUAUUUUCAAUGCCUUCUAGAAGGGCAACAAAUGCUCGGUCAGCUGCGUGCGCAUUAUCUUCUACAUCAGCCCAUUCUGCUUUGUCCGUCCGUCGUGUGCGUGGUAGUGCUCGGGGAAGCUGUCAUGGCCGUUAUGGUCAUCGUGUGCGCACUGGUCUUAUUGAAGGCCGACCAGCUGCAUUUUUAAGUGCAGGCACGUCCCAGUAGUUAGCUAGCUUUGCGUCAUCCAUUCACUGCAUUGAGGAACGGACAUACAUUACGCACUCUGCCGGACUGAUCUGGACUGGUUGUAGAAGGGGUCAAGGGCCAUAUCUGAACUCUGAACACAUCCGUCGGUCCAUCCCCUCGAAAAGAGUAUGGCUGAGAAGGCGGUGUGGGAUAAGGAAAAUGUGAAGCACUUCUGUGACAUAUGCAUGCGUGAGGUUAAUGCUGGGCAUAAGCCAUUAGGUCAUUUGAAUAAAGUCGGAUGGAAGAAUGUUGCAGAAAAGUUUGAACAGAUAACUGGUCGGAAACUAGAACAUUUGCAACUCAAGAAUAAAUGGGAUGGUCUGAAAAGAAGGUAUACUAUUUUUAUGGAGUUAAAAAAUGCUGCCACUGGACUUGGUUAGAAUGAUGUAAAGCAGACUGUAGAUUGUUCAGAUGAAUGGUGGACCGAGCAUCUUGUGAGAUGCGACGAUCCAAGUAAUGGAAGGAAAUGCAAACAUGUUCAGUUUAGAAGACGUGGUCCGGACAACUUGGAGGCGAUGCACAUCAUGUUUGGAAGUGCACAUGUUACUGGGGCAUCUGCUUCCAUACCUGGAGAUUUGUGAUGAUGAGGCGAUGCACAUAAUUUCUAGUUUGAGAGCCAAGGCUCCAAGCCGUCAGGCAGAGUCAACAAAUGCCAACCAAAAAGUGUGUGUUUAUGAUGUCCAUCUUCCGCUCCAUCCUCCCAAGAGUAGCAAGAUCUAAUGGCUGGAGAUGCUUUUCCACUAGGAUUCCUUACGAUAAUAUAGCAGAGCUAAAUAAGGAAAUGGAAUCAAUAUUUGGUGAAUCUCCAUCACCCAGUCCGUUAGGGUCAAGUCCUCCCCAGCAACCAGUCCAGCCUGCUCAUGAAGCUGAGGAUUCACAACCGGUGCUUACACAUACUGAUAGCAGCGGACAGGCAAAGAUGGUUGACGUCUCACCCAAAGAAGACAGUAAGAGAGUUGCUAUAGCUAGUUGCAGGGUCUUGCUUGGCCAAAAGGUGUUUAAUUUGGUUGCAUCAAAUGAGAUCGCGAAAGGAGAUGUCCUUACUGUUGCAAAGAUUGCUGGAAUAACUGGAGCAAAGCAAACUAGUAAUCUUAUACCCCUGUGCCACAACAUUAAUCUUUCCCAUGUUCGUGUUGAUCUUAUUCUCAAUGAAGAGGAUUCUAGUGUCGUGAUAGAAGGGGAAGCCACAACCAGCGGAAAGACAGGGGUUGAGAUGGAAGCAAUGACUGCAGUAGCCAUUGCCGGCCUCACAGUUUAUGACAUGUGCAAAGCCGCUUCAAAGGACAUUUAUAUAACAGAUGUCUGUCUGCAGCACAAAUCUGGGGGAAAGAGUGGAAGUUGGUCCAGGAAUUGAAGGGUCCAUUAUUGGUCUCAUCAUAUGAACUGCAAGCAUGAUUCAGAUAUCAAGACAAUUGAGACUUCGUGCCAAAUUGUUUUGAUUUGGCUUUGAAUGCAGGCUCCUGUGUUGUAGAUUUCUAGUCCUUGAGACAUCAUUUGAAUCUCUGUACUCCUGAGUUGCAGAUACAUUGUUCAUGACUUCAGAAUAGAUGGUCAUGUCAACUUAUUUUCAGAUCUAUACUUUGUUUCCUU